AUGGCCAGCCGCGUCUCGCUCAACGGGACUGUCAUUAUCGCGUCCUCGAAUGCAGGUUACGAGGACAUGUUGGAGAACUGGGUGCUGCAUCUGCAGCGGGUGGGUCUGGGCCGCCACUUCAUAGUCUUUGCUGCUGACAGCAAGAGCCUCGAAUUCGCCCACUCCAAGUGGCCUGGCCAGUCCGCACAACCCCCCACCCCACCCACCCUACUUUACACCCGCCCAUUUUCCUUACACCCACCCAUGCCCAUUUUGCCCCCACUUCGCAUCGCAGGCCAUUUAUCCGGACCUGAGUGGGCAGACGUGGAGGGAGCAUCAUGGAUCGGUUCGGGAAUGAGGAGAGGGCAGGGCAGAGGUGGAGGGCGCAUCAUGCAUCAAGUUAGCACAACCCUCCACCGCAUUCCACCCCUCCCCAUUCCCGCACGCCAUACACUUCGACCUGAGUGGGCAGUUUGGUCAAGAGGAGAGGGCAGACGUGGAGGGGGCAUCGCGCAUCGGCUCAGAACAUCCCCCCCCCCACCCACACACACCCUUGUAUACUCGCCCCUCCCCGUUCCAACAGGCCAUACAUCUCGACCUGAGUGGGCAGUUUGGUCAAGAGGAGAGGGCGGACGUGGAGGGGGCAUCGGUCAUCGGGCCAUUCAUCUCGACCUGAGUGGCCAGUUUGGUCAGGAGGAGAGGGCGGAUGUGGAGGGGGCAUCGGCCAUUCAUCUCGACCUGAGUGGCCAGUUUGGUCAGGAGGAGAGGGCGGAUGUGGAGGGGGCAUCGGCCAUUCAUCUCGACCUGAGUGGUCAGUUUGGUCAGGAGGAGAGGGCGGAUGUGGAGGGGGCAUCGGCCAUUCAUCUCGACCUGAGUGGCCAGUUUGGUCAGGAGGAGAGGGCGGAUGUGGAGGGGGCAUCGGCCAUUCAUCUCGACCUGAGUGGCCAGUUUGGUCAGGAGGAGAGGGCGGAUGUGGAGGGGGCAUCGGCCAUUCAUCUCGACCUGAGUGGCCAGUUUGGUCAGGAGGAGAGGGCGGAUGUGGAGGGGGCAUCGGCCAUUCAUCUCGACCUGAGUGGCCAGUUUGGUCAGGAGGAGAGGGCGGAUGUGGAGGGGGCAUCGGCCAUUCAUCUCGACCUGAGUGGCCAGUUUGGUCAGGAGGAGAGGGCGGAUGUGGAGGGGGCAUCGGCCAUUCAUCUCGACCUGAGUGGCCAGUUUGGUCAGGAGGAGAGGGCGGAUGUGGAGGGGGCAUCGGCCAUUCAUCUCGACCUGAGUGGCCAGUUUGGUCAAGAGGAGAGGGCGGAUGUGGAGGGGGCAUCGGUCAUCGGGUCAGCAGCCUUCCACCGGGUGGCCUCCCACCGAGCAGUCUACAUCCACCAUCUGCUCUCCUUUGGCUUCUCCGUGCUCUACAGUGAUAUCGACAUCGCCUUCCUCCACAACCCCCUCCCCUUCUUCCAAAAAACGGACGCUAGCAGCAGCAGUGCCAGCAGUAGCAGUGGCAGCAGUAGCAGUGGCAGCAGCAGCAGCGGCGAUAUUAAACCAGACCCUGACUUAAAUGCGUCUGCGGCCGAUGAUGUUACCGAUUUUGACAUGUUCCUCACGCACGAUCGCUACAUGAAGCAGCCGUCGCCCUACAUCGAGCCCAUCAACCCCGUUUUCCUCAACGGCCAGCCGCUCUUCUGCAGCUGCUUCCUCUUCUUCCGCCCCACUCUCCCCGCCAAAAGCCUCGUAGGCAACUGGGCGUUCCGCAUGGCAAAGCUGGGCCGGCAGGGAGGGCUAGAUCAAGACCAGCUGAAUCUAGUCAUGCAGUGGAUGCUAGAAAGGAAGGUGCUGCCUCGGAUUGGUGUGCUGCCGCCGCUGCAGUUUCCGUCCGGGCAGCUGAUGAAGGAUCACUGGCUGAAGUUUGAGGAGGUGAGGCCGAGAGUGGUGAUGGUGCAUGCGAAUUAUCUGACUGGGAAGGUGGCGAAGGUCAAGGGGUUGAAGAAGGCGGGGCUGUGGCGGGUGAAAACGCAGGGUAAUGCAACUGCUGCUGCUGCUGCUGCUGCUGCUGCUGCUGCUGCUGCUGCUGCUGGUGCUGGUGCUGGUGCUGGGAAGGGGCAGGGAGGUAGUGACAAGGAGACGGCAGCGGGAAGGGUGGAGAAGGCAGGAGCAGAAGGGGAUGAGGUAGAAGAAGAGGAAGAGGCGGUAGAGGAGGAGGAAGAAGAGCCAGUGCUGCUGUUCCCAAUGCCUAGGCGCCCAGAUGAGGCUGGAGAGCAGGACAGCUUAGGCGAGACCCCAGGGAUGCUGGAGCGGGGGAGAGAGGAGGGCAGCGCUGGGGGGAAGGGCACGGAGGGGGAGGCCUGGGUGGGGGAGCCGCUGGCAGGCGGAGGGGGAGGGGGAGCGUCAGGGGGAAGUGGUGGGGAGGGCGGAGCGGAGGAAAGGGGGGAUUGGGAGGCGGAGGUGCUGGGAGCAGUGGAGCCGUGGGUGCGGGAGCAUCUUAGGGAGAUGGAGGAGAAGGGGACGCGGAUCAAGGGGACUGCUGGCAUGGAGAUCGUCACUGUUGCCUGCGAUGUGUUGCACAUGGGCUGUAUGUAUCCCUAUGCCCACCAACCUCUUGCUCCUGCCUCCCUCCCCUAUGCCCACCAACCUCUUGCUCCUGCCUCCCUCCCCUAUGCCCACCAACCUCUUGCUCCUGCCUCCCUCCCCUAUGCCCACCAACCUCUUGCUCCUGCCUCCCUCCCCUAUGCCCACCAACCUCUUGCUCCUGCCUCCCUCCCCUAUGCCCACCAACCUCUUGCUCCUGCCUCCCUCCCCUAUGCCCACCAACCUCUUGCUCCUGCCUCCCUCCCCUAUGCCCACCAACCUCUUGCUCCUGCCUCCCUCCCCUAUGCCCACCAACCUCUUGCUCCUGCCUCCCUCCCCUAUGCCCACCAACCUCUUGCUCCUGCCUCCCUCCCCUAUGCCCACCAACCUCUUGCUCCUGCCUCCCUCCCCUAUGCCCACCAACCUCUUGCUCCUGCCUCCCUCCCCUAUGCCCACCAACCUCUUGCUCCUGCCUCGACAGGGGGCAUUAUUCCACAACUGCUUCACUCACAAGGGCCGCAGCACCCUUUUGCCUACAAGGUCAAGAGGCAUUGUUCCGCCACUGGCUUACCCAAAUGGGCAGCAUCCCUCCCCUUACCACCCUCUUGUUGCUGCCUUACCCAUCCCUCCCCAUGCCUGAUUCCCCACCAUCGCCGCUCCCCCUUCCCCACCCCCACUCUCCCUUCAGGCCAGGAGGCAUUAUUCCGCAACUGGUUCACCCACACGUGCCGCAUUCCUUCUCUCGGCAACAUCGUGCUCGCCUCCGUGCCUCCUCAGAAGCGCACGCACUCCAGGCGGCCACGUGAUUACGCGCUCCAAUCAGAGCACGCCGACCCAAUGAGAGCAAGUUUCACAUGCUCUUCUCCUGCGUUUACUCCAUUAUCGUCCUCUCCUCCCCUGUCUCGUCUCACCACCCCUCAGCUCUCAGAUGCGCACACCAGCCAGCCAUGUGAUCACACGCUCCACCACCAAUCAGAUGCGCACGCCAGGCGGCCACGUGAUCACGCGCUCCAAUCAGAGCUUUAUCGCCCCGAGUGGCCAGAGCCACGUGCUGCUGUCUCUUCCCCCGUGAUCUUCCCCUCCUCUCCUGUCUCGUAUCGUCUCAACACCCCUCAACUCAACAUGCAGAUGCGCACGCCAAGCUGCCACAUGAUCACGCCCUCCAGUGAGAGCACGUCACCCCAGUGA